GCUUAUGUUUCAGCUGCAUGUUUCUGCUAAAUACCACUUCUGUUGUGUGGAAACAACUAACAUAAUAUUAUCUAUAUUUAUACAUAAAAUGCAGAAGUGAGGACGUUAAAUACACAAAUUGCGUACAGUUAUAUUUUAAGCAUCUCCUUCAUAUGUCAGUGAUCUACAUAUUUCUGUUCAGUUGGAAGAGGGAUUUCUUUGUGUCAUAAAUGCUUCAAGUGGGGACUGGUCACAGCAUGUUACCUCUAACCAUUUUAUUUACUUCACACUAUUUCCUGUCUGCUGCUGUUCAGUUGGAAUUACAACUAGCAAAUGGCCCUCAUUCAUGUGCUGGAAGAGUGCAGAUCUAUCAUGGCAAUGACUGGCACACAGUGUGUUAUGAUGGAUGGGGAAUGGAGGAAGCUGAAGUUGUCUGCAGAUAUCUGGGAUGUGGAUCUGCUGUUUCAACACAAUGGACAACUCAAUAUGGAGAAGAAACUGGAUCAAUAAUGCUGGAUGAUGUGAACUGUGCAGGAUCUGAAUUGUCACUGAAGCAGUGCCCAUCCAGCGGAUGGAAAUUACAUAACUGUGCCAGCUGGCAAGUUGCUGGAGUUCAUUGCGAAGUGGAAUUACGACUAGUAAAUGGCCCUCAUUCAUGUGCUGGAAGAGUGCAGAUCUAUCAUGGCAAUGACUGGCACACAGUGUGUUAUGAUGGAUGGGGAAUGGAGGAAGCUGAAGUUGUCUGCAGAUAUCUGGGAUGUGGAUCUGCUGUUUCAACACAAUGGACAACUCAAUAUGGAGAAGGAACUGGAUCAAUAAUGCUGGAUGAUGUGAACUGUGCAGGAUCUGAAUUGUCACUGAAGCAGUGCCCAUCCAGCGGAUGGAAAUUACAUAACUGUGCCAGCUGGCAAGUUGCUGGAGUUCAUUGCGAAGUGGGAUUACGACUAGUAAAUGGCCCUCAUUCAUGUGCUGGAAGAGUGGAAAUCUAUCAUGACAAUGAAUGGGGCACAGUGUGUGGUGACCAUUGGGGAAUGAAGGAAGCUGAAGUGGUAUGUAGAGAACUAGGAUGUGGAAAUGUCAUUAAAGCAUCAGGAAGAGGUCAGUAUGGAGAAGGAACUGGACCAAUAAUGCUGGAUAAUGUGAACUGUACAGGAUCUGAGUCAUCACUGAAGCAGUGCCCAUCCAAUGGAUGGAAGGUGCAUAACUGUGACCAUAGAAAAGAUGCUGGGGUUCAGUGCAGAGUGGCACUACGGCUAGUAAAUGGCCCUCAUGCUUGUGCUGGAAGAGUGGAGAUCUAUUAUGGUAAUGAAUGGGGCACAGUAUGUGAUUAUAACUGGGGAAUGGAGGAAGCUGCUGUUGUCUGUAGAGAACUAGGGUGUGGAGAUCCUGUUUCAGCACAAGAGGGAGCUCACUAUGGACAAGGAACUGGACCAGUAUGGCUGGAUAAUGUAAGCUGUAAGGGAUCUGAGUCAUCACUAAAACAAUGCCCAUCUAUGGGAUGGAAGAAGCAAAACUGUCAACAUUCGGAGGAUGCUGGAGUUCAGUGCAAAUUGGCAAUGCGACUAACAAAUGGCCCUAAUCCGUGCACUGGAAGAGUGGAGAUCUAUCAUGACAAUGAAUGGGGCACAGUAUGUGAUGAUAAUUGGGGCAUGGAGGAAGCUGCUGUUGUCUGUAGACAGCUAGGAUGUGGAGAUGCUGUUUCAGCACCAGGGAUAGCUCACUAUGGACAAGGAACUGGACCAAAAAUCCUGAAUGAUGUGACCUGUGUAGGAUCUGAGUCUUCACUAAAACAAUGCUCAUCCAUGGGAUGGAAGAAUCAAAUCUGUGGCCAUGGGAAGGAUGCUGGAGUUCAUUGCAAAGUGGUAAUACGACUAGUAAAUGGCCCUCAUCCAUGUGCUGGAAGAGUGGAGAUCUAUCAUGACAAUGAAUGGGGCACAGUGUGUGAUGAUAACUGGGGAAUGGAGGAAGCUACUGUUGUUUGUAGGGAACUAGGAUGUGGAGAUGCUGUUUCAGCACCAAGAGCAGCUCACUAUGGACGAGGAACUGGACCAAUAAUGCUGGCUGAUUUAAACUGUGAGGGAUCUGAAUCUUCACUACAACAAUGCUCAAACAUGGGAUGGAAGAAUCAAAUCUGUGGCCAUUGGAAGGAUGCUGGAGUUGAUUGCAAAGAACAGGUAGAAGAACCGGAAAUACGAAUGAAUGAAAACGAGACUGAGAUUGUAUGUGCCAGCAAAAACAGCAGCUAUAAUUACCGAAUGUGUGUUCUGUACCAAGAUGGACAGCAAAUACAGGAUACCAUUGUAAAAGAUGUUGACCAUGCUUCCUUUAAUAUCACUGACCUGCCUGCUGGGAGUAGCUUCAGCUGUUUGUGCUAUGAGCAUAAUCUGACAAGAUGGACUCGCAACAGUUCUGUUAUUACUAAAGGAACAAAACAUGCUGGUUUUGCAGUUAAGAAUAUCACCUGACUUAUUCUUGCCCUUUGUUUUUGCCAUCUGGAUGAUUAUUUUCAUAGCAAAGUCAUGAUACCAGCACAAACAAUAUGGUGCCGCUAUAAAUGGUCACUCAUUAAUAUUCUUUGUUGUACUUUUGUAUGCCUUGACACUUCUCUGUAUGAAACACAUCCAGGUGUUUUACACUGAAUAGAAACAUAUCAGUCUUUUGUUUUGCUUUUCAAAUCAUGAAUAGUUUCACUGUGUUCCAUAUCCAAGUAUCCGGUAUCUUGCUUACUGGUCAUGAAAUAACCUAACAGACAUUGUAUCCCAGGAAAGGUGAAGAAGACACAAGCAAAGUUAUAUUAUGUUUUGGAGCACAUCUUCCUGUGUCAUUAUGUCACACCCUGUCAGCAUCAUGCAUGAGUAAUGCAGCAGUAAGUAAUCACAUGUAUGUCAUACCCUGUCAGCAUCAUGCAAUGUAAUACAGUUGUAAUUACUCAUGUUUAUGUUACACCCUGUCAACAUCCUGCAAUGCAAUACAGCUGUAAGCAAUCACAUGUAUGUCGCACCCUGUCAGCAUCAUGCAAUGUAAUACAGCUGUAAGCAAUUACAUUUAUGUCACACCCUGUCAGCAUCAUGCAAUGUAAAACAGCUGUAAGCAAUCACAUGUAUGUCACACUGUGUCAGCAUCAUGCAAUGUAAUACAGCUGUAAAAAAUCACGUAUGUCACACCCCGACAGCAUCAUGCAAUGAAAUACAGCUGUAAACAAUCACAUUUAUGUCACACCCUGACAGCAUCAUGCAAUGUAAUACAGCUGUAAGCAAUCACAGUUAUGUCACACCCUACAGCAUCAUGCAAUGUAAUACAACUGUAAGUUAUCACAUGUAUGUCACACCCUGUCUGCAUCAUGCAAUGUAAUACACCAGUAAGCUAUCACAUUUAUGUCACACCCUGACAGCAUCAUGCAAUGUAAUACAACUGUAAGUUAUCACAUGUAUGUCAAACCCUGUCUGCAUCAUGCAAUGUAAUACAGCUGUAAGCAAUCACAUGUAUGUCACACUCUGUCCACAUCAUGCAAUGUAAUGCAGCUGUCAGCAAUUGCAUUUAUGUCACACCCUGUCAGCAUCAUGUUGAUGUAAUGCAGUUGUAAACUAUUACAUUUAUGUCACACCCUGUCAGCAUCAUGCAGUGUAAUACAGCUGUAAGCAAUCACAUGUAUGUCACACCCUGUCUGCAUCAUACAAUGUAAUACAGCUGUAAGCAGUCACAUUUAUGUCACACCCUGUAUGCAUUAUUCAAUGUAAUACAGUUGUAAGCAAUCAUAUUUAUGUCAUAACCUGUCAGCAUCACGCUGAUAUAAUGCAGCUGUAAGUACUUAUGUUUAUGUCACACCCUGACAGCAUCAUGCAAUGUAAUACAGCUGUAAGUUAUCACAUGUAUGUCACACUCUGCAUCAUACAAAGUAAUACAGCUGUAAGCAAUCACAUGUAUGUCACACCCUGUCAGAAUCAUGCUGAUGUAAUGCAGCCAUAAACUAUCAAAUUUAUGUCACACCCUGUCAGCAUCAUGCAAUGUAACACAGCUGUAAGCUAUCACAUUUAUGUUACACCCUGUCAGCAUCAUGCUGAUGUAAUACAGCUGUAAAAGCAAUCACAUGUAUGUCACACCCUGUCAGCAUCAUGCAAUGUAAUACAGCUGUAAGCAAUCACAUGUAUGUCACACCCUGUCAGCAUCUUGUAAUGCAAUACAGCUGUAAGUACUCACAUGUAUGCCACACCCUGUCUGCAUCAUGCAAUGUAAUACAGCUGCAAGCAAUCACAUUUAUGUCACACCCUGUCUGCAUCAUGCAAUGUAAUAAAGCAGUAAGCUAUCACAAUUUAAUGAUACCCUGUCUGCAUCAUGUAAUGUAAUACAACUGUAAACUGUCACAUUUCAAUGACACCUUGUCUGCAUCAUGCAGUGUAAUGCAGGUGUAAGCUAUCACAUUUAUGUCACACUCUGUCAGCAUCAUGCAAUAUAAUACAGCUGUAAGCAAUCACAUGUAUGUCACACCCUGUCUGCAUCAUGCAAUGUAAUACAGCUGUAAGAAAUCACAUUUAAUGUCACACUCUGUGUCAUGCGGUGUAUUACAGCUGUAAGUACUCAUGUUUAUGUCACACGCUGUCAGCAUCAUGCAAUGUAAAACAGCUGUAAGCAAUCACAUUUAUGUCACACCCUAUCAGCAUCAUGCAAUGUAAAACAGCUGUAAGCAAUCACAUGUAUGUCAUACCCUGACAGCAUCAUGCAAUGUAAUACAGCUGUAAGCAAUCACAUGUAUGUCACACCCUGACAGCAUCAUGCAAUGUAAUACAGCUGUAAGCUAUCACAUUCCUGUCACACCCUGUUUGCAUCAUGCAAUGUAAUGUAGCUGUAAGCAAUCACAUGUAUGUCACACCCUGACAGCAUCAUGCAAUGUAAUACAGCUGUAAGCAAUCACAUUUAUGUCACACCCUAUCAGCAUCAUGCAAUGUAAAACAGCUGUAAGCAAUCACAUGUAUGUCAUACCCUGACAGCAUCAUGUAAUGUAAUACAACUGUAAACUGUCACAUUUCAAUGACACCUUGUCUGCAUCAUGCAAUGUAAUACAGGUGUAAGUUAUCACAUUUAUGUCACACUCUGUCAGCAUCAUGCAAUAUAAUACAGCUGUAAGCAAUCACAUGUAUGUCACACCCUGUCUGCAUCAUGCAAUGUUAUACAGCUGUAAGAAAUCACAUUUAAUGUCACACCCUGUCUGUGUCAUGCAGUGUAUUACAGCUGUAAGUACUCAUGUUUAUGUCACACGCUGUCAGCAUCAUGCAAUGUAAAACAGCUGUAAGCAAUCACAUGUAUGUCAUACCCUGACAGCAUCAUGCAAUGUAAUACAGCUGUAAGCUAUCACAUUCCUGUCACACCCUGUCUGCAUCAUGCAAUGUAAUAUAGCUGUAAGCAAUCACAUGUAUGUCACACCCUGACAGCAUCAUGCAAUGUAAUACAGCUGUAAGCAAUCACAUUCCUGUCACACCCUGUCUGCAUCAUGCAAUGUAGUAUAGCUGCAAGCAAUCACAUGUAUGUCACACCCUGACAGCAUCAUGCAAUGUAAUACAGCUGUAAGCAAUCACAUUUAUGUCACACCCUAUCAGCAUCAUGCAAUGUAAAGCAGCUGUAAGCAAUCACAUGUAUGUCAUACCCUGACAGCAUCAUGCAAUGUAAUACAGCUGUAAGCUAUCACAUUCCUGUCACACCCUGUCUGCAUCAUGCAAUGUUAUACAACUGUAAGUACUCAUGUUUAUGUCACACCCUGUGAGCAUCAUGCAAUGUAAUACAGCUGAAAGCAAUCACAUGUAUGUCAUACCCUGACAGCAUCAUGCAAUGUAAUACAGCUGUAAGCAAUCACAUGUAUGUCACACCCUGACAGCAUCAUGCAAUGUAAUACAGCUGUAAGCUAUUACAUUUGUUAUACCCUGUCUGCAUCAUGCAAUGUAAUACAACUGUAAGUAACCACAUGUAUGUCACACCCUGUCUGCAUAAUACAAUGCAAUACAGCUGUAAGCUAUCACAUUUAUCUCAGACCCUGUCUACAUCAUGCAAUGUAAUACAGCUGUAAGCAGUCACAUGUAUGUCAAACCUUUUCUUUAUUCAGUGACAGCUUCCCUUUGAAGUUAUGUCUUCUUGCUGCAAUACUGAAUACAUUGUGGGCUGUGAUAUAAUUCUGUAUGUUAUGCAGCAGGGAGGUAACUGGGCAGAUGGACUUAGCCAAUCAACCCUGAUCUGAUGGUAAAAUCUAUGUUUCAGAGUUUUAUAUUUGCUUUUAUUCACAACUGUUAUAUCAGCAUUUUAUGCCAUUAUUUCUAGUUAUAUAAUGCAACAUAUUCAUCAAUUUGCUAGUGAUGAUAACAAGCAGUUAAUCACAGCUGCUGGGACACUGGAACUGUGUUCUUAGUGCACACGCCCUGACAUAUUAGGAAACACAGACUGCUCUGCAUUUCAUAACACCAGCUAUCCUGUACUAACUCCAAAUGCAGCAAAAGUAAUUAGAUGUCUUCAUUAACAGACUCCAUGUAGUUACAGAGGCCUGUGUUGUAGGGCAGGAUGUCUGCUCAUCGCACUAUUAGUGAUGGUUGCCAUCAGCAUGGCAGAUUACGGGGCAUCAGCUGCAAAUAUGAAUAAAUGACUACAUUUAACAAAUGGAAUGUAUGAUGAAGAAUUUCACGGACAUCUUUUGGCACUGAUCAAGAGGUCUGGAAAUAUAUAAGAUUCUUUGAUUGGGAGUUAGAGGCAGACAUCCUUUUACUAGCAAAAUGCUUGGAAACAUGUAGGCUUGUAUGUCAGUUAAUCAUUGCUGCACACCUGUAUCCAAACAGUAUCAAUAUGUCUCAUAAAAGAAAAAAUCCAAACUUUCUAAAAGAACUGUGCAAACCAAAUGAUGAUCUCUGAAAACAGUCUAAAAUGUGCAUUAGAUUUCUUCUUCAAGCUCUAAUAACAUCAAUUCUAUGAAACAACAAUGGAGGAGACCAUUUCCAAAACACACAAUGUCAAACAAACUAGGACAAGGUUCAGCCAAAACAUUGUAUGGUUGGGAGUCUGGACACAUUAUGUUUGACAGUAAGCUUUAGAGUCAUCCAAGUUGUCUACAAAUGGCUAUUAAAUUAAAUAUGUGCUUAAUUAGAUCUGCAGGACUGCAUUCUCAAGGAUAUGAUAUUACAUUAUCACCUUUGUUUUACUUGUUUCUAACAUAAACCCACAGUUUCAUAAUAAUCAAACAUUCUAGGUUUUCAUUUAACUAGCCUGUUUACCGAAUGAUGAAAUUCAACCUAUGAAGAGCAAUUGUCUCAUCUAUAAUGAGACCAUAAAACAAUCUCGAGGUCUUCAUACAGUGUUGUUUUUAUUUUUAAUGCUUUUAUAUUUAGGACUCAUUCCCUAUUUUCAGUCUCUAUUGUAAUUUGUAUGACACAUUCUAGCGUAUACUACUAAUUAAUCAGAUAUUUUUUAUCAGUUACAAUCGGAAUUAGUUUGAUUCCAUUAUACUUGUAGUUUUAGCUUGCAAACUUAUUACAGAUUGCUAACUGUGUAACUCAGUGACAAAAAGGUAUUGUUAGGUUUUGCUUCACAAACAACAAAUUCAUAAUGACUGGAGUAAACCUAGCUUCAUUUUAAAUCUGCCUGAAAUAGCUUAUGCAGGAUUUAAUGACUGAGCACUCAGCAUUCAGAGCUGGUGGAAAAAUGAGUGCUAUUUAUAAUCUCUUAGGUGGUUCUCAAGAGGAAUUUAUUCUUUUUUAACACUUUUAUUGAAUUAUCACUUGUGACAUAGGCACAUUUAGAUUUAUACAAAAGUAAUCUAACUGUAUUAACAAAUGAACAUUAACAAUCAUUAUAUUUGUAUUGCUUUGUAUGUACCUCUUGACUAUAUUUAUGCUUUUGGUGGAUCCAAACCACAUUUAAUAAAUGCAUAUGAAACUAGAAGCUGUUAUUUGUUGUGUUUUCAUUUUCUUUUUUUCCAUCAGGGCGAUGUUAAUGUCACAGCUGAUUUAAUAAAUAUGUAAGAAAUUCUGG